AACAGAGAAGUGUUCAGUGAUUUGGGGUGAAGAACUCAGCAACUUAACACAUAAAGAGCCAUUUGUGGUAGUAGAGAUUCAGAUUCGGUACAAAGAGAGCCGGUGGAUUCUAGAACACAUUUUAAUUCACUCUGCGAAGAACUUUCUGCAAAGCGAAUUCCCCAGAAAUUGCUCUGAAACAUUGAACCCUGGCCUUCUUUCCAGCUUCCCCAGCGAUCAUAACUUUCCCAGUGUAAUGGACAACGAUAUAUGGCGCUGGAUUCUUGAGUAUCUCCUCAGGAGUUCCGUUCCAGAUUUGAUCAUCAAGAAUGUUUUGAAUGUUUUGCCUCUCUCUGGUAUCGAUUCGCGGCUGUGGAAAACAUUGGCUCUCAGGUCUAUUCAAUCGGAGGCGGCUAUGGCAUCAUUUACAGAAAACUUACUGGAAUAUCUAGAGGUUGUUGAAGAAAUCGACCGGCGUAAUGGCGUUGCAAUCACAGAAGCGAUGAAGGAGGCAUAUUGUGCUGUUGCUGUGGACUGCAGUGUCAGGUACCUUGAGGCAUGCCCGGAUAAGAACACCCGCGGCUUGUUUGAUGAUGCUAUCAAUAGGAUUUGGAGGGGCCGAGUUCGGCAAAUGGUGGAGGCUAUGGCGUCAGGGAAGAGGUGUCACUUAUUUACGGCUGAGUUAAUAGGGUGGAAGGACAUCUUAGAGUCCGCACGUUGGGAUGCAGAGGUGUGCGGGAGGUUAAUGAACAUGAAUACCAGAAAAAAUGCACUUGACAAGGUUAGGGUUUAUCUAAAAGAAACUUGGGCAUCCAUGGGCCCUUCUUUCCUUGAAGUAGCUAUAUUUUCUGAAGAGAAGGGCUUGGGAAGUUCGAGGGUGGAUAAGAUGGGUGACGCGGAGCUUGCUGCUAGUAUACCCAAUGAAGGUUGUGACAAGGGUGAUUCUGAAUCUGUCUUGGUCUUUGAUCAGAUGAAUAGGUGUAAAGGAACGUUAUAUUGUCCAACUAACAUAACUGAGGAGGCUUUAGUUGUGUCUGAUGGAAGUGCAUUGCAUAAUGCUGCAAUCUGCAUGGGGAAGGCGCAAGUGGCAGGUGGGAAUCAAGAUGGCGAGCAACUGGUAGAGAGAGUCGGGUCUUCUGUUGGCAGAAUUCAGGCCUUGGGUGGGACUGACUUGCCUCAGAGGACAAAUGGAACAAUUCAAAAGGACAAGCUGCCACUAAAACAUAAUUAUGCUGCGCCCUCUACACGUAGAGGAGUUAAAAUUAUUGAUACUGAGGAAGUAGGGCCAGCGACAGUGUGUAGCAAAAAUCAUGAUGCAUCUAAUAUUCAAGUUGAAAAACUUCGGAAAUCUCUCAUGUCAAGUUCUUUGGAGUUGCGAGUAUUGGUGAAGGAUCCUCUUCCGGAUGCAUUACACAAAUCUAACAUUGUAAGAUCUGAAUUAGCAACAAAGGGUGUGAAUCAUGAGCCUCCUUUUGAAAACCAGAGUACAAUUGUAAAUAUACCAGAACAAAAUACUUGCAGGAGCAUAGUGCUUUAUCAACCUAUCAAUGAUAUUUUAAGGAAACAGACUUCUGUUAAUUGCAGUAAUGCUCAACGUCCCAGCUUGAUGGAACGAAAUAGUACUGCCCAUACUUAUGAGUGGGAUGAUCCAUUUAAUGAUUUGCCUGGGGGAAGCCCUAAGAAAAGGAGGAGAAAGAUGAGAUGGAGUUCUGAAGAAGAGGAUGCAUUAAGGGCUGGUGUAAAGAAGUUUGGCAAAGGAAACUGGAAGCCAAUUCUAAGAUUUUACGGCGAGAUAUUUUCAAAGACAGGAAGAACAGAAGUUGAUUUGAAGGAUAAAUGGAGAAAUUUGACACGGUAGGCAUAGAAUGAGGAAUUAUUCUUGCAUGUGUAUACUUCAUAUAUCUCAGUUCUUCAGGAAGUAUUUUGAUUUGAAGGAUAGGUGAAGAAACAUGACACUGUAGUGACAAAGAGGAAUUAUUUCGUAUGUACAUACCUCUUGGAUAUUUUAGGCUUUGAAUGUGCAGUUUCACUUUUUGGUUGAUUUCUUA